AUGUUAUCGGUUCUUACGCUUCCUCUCUUCAUCAAGAUGCUUCCUCACUCCAUCAUGCAUCCAUCAUGCAGCUUCCUCUCUCAUCAAGGUGCUUCCUCUCUUGAUCAAGAUGCUUCCUCUCUUCAUCAAGAUGCUUCCUCUCUUCAUCAAGAUGCUUUCUCUCUUCAACAAAUGCUUCCUCUCUUCUUCAAAGUACUUCCUCUCUUCAUCAAGAUGCUUCCUCACUCCAUCAUGCAGCUUCCUCUCUUGAUCAAGAUGCUUCCUCUCUUGAUCAAGAUGCUUCCUCUCUUCUUCAAAGUACUUCCUCUCUUGAUCAAGGUGCUUCCUCUCUUCAUCAAGAUGCUUCCUCUCUUCAUCAAGAUGCUUCCUCUCUUCGACAAAGUGCUUCCUCUCUUCUUCAAAGUGCUUCCUCUCUUGAUCAAGGUGCUUCCUCUCUUCAUCAAGAUGCUUCCUCUCUUCAACAAAGUACUUCCUCUCUUCAUCAAGAUGCUUCCUCUCUUGAUCAAGGUGCUUCCUCUCUUGAUCAAGAUGCUUCCUCUCUUCAACAAAGUGCUUCCUCUCUUCUUCAAAGUACUUCCUCUCUUGAUCAAGAUGCUUCCUCACUCCAUCAUGCAGCUUCCUCUCUUCUUCAAAGUGCUUCCUCUCUUGAUCAAGGUGCUUCCUCUCUUCAUCAAGAUGCUUCCUCUCUUCAACAAAGUACUUCCUCUCUUGAUCAAGGUGCUUCCUCUCUUGAUCAAGAUGCUUCCUCUCUUCAUCAAGAUGCUUCCUCUCUUCAACAAAGUGAUUCCUCUCUUCUUCAAAGUACUUCCUCUCUUGAUCAAGAUGCUUCCUCACUCCAUCAUGCAGCUUCCUCUCUUCAUCAUGCAGCUUCCUCACUACAUCAUGCAGCUUCCUCUCUAA